UGACCUAUUGCGCAGGCGCACUGGGUUGUGUGUGCAGGGUGGGAAAUUUCGUUGACAAUGUGUGCAGGCAUGUUUUGCAUCACGAUUUGGCGAUUUUAUGCUGUGUAAACGCGAAUCGGUGUUGACUACGUUCCUUCGUUCGUCUAUAGAUUCCAGAAAAAGUAUUUACCAAGGGAGCGACAAGAGAGUAACAGUAUGAAGAUUGCGGUGGAGGGCUGUUGCCAUGGCGAGCUAGACAAGAUCUACGAGACCAUCGCCUACUUGGAGAAGAAGGAAGCCCUCAAGGUCGAUCUGCUGCUUUGCUGCGGGGACUUUCAGGCCGUGAGGAAUGAAGGCGACCUCAAGUGCAUGGCGGUGCCUGCCAAGUACAGAACCAUGCAGACUUUUUAUAAGUACUAUUCUGGAGAGAAGAAGGCUCCAAUUCUAACUGUCUUCAUCGGAGGUAACCACGAGGCCUCCAAUCACCUACAGGAGCUGCCUUACGGUGGCUGGGUGGCCCCCAAUAUUUAUUAUUUGGGUUAUGCCGGCGUUGUCCGUUACAAAGGGAUCCGAAUCGGAGGCAUGUCCGGCAUCUUCAAAUCACAUGACUACAGAAGAGGUCACCAUGAAUUCCCUCCAUACAACCCUGAAACCCUGAGAAGUGUCUAUCACGUCCGAAAUAUUGAGGUGUUCAAGUUAAAGCAGAUCCGCAUGCCAGUCGAUAUUUUCAUGAGCCAUGACUGGCCCCGUGGGAUCUACCACCACGGCCACACUGAGGAGUUGUUACGGAAGAAAAAGUUUCUGCGUCAAGAAGUGGAGUCCAACUCUUUGGGCAGCCCAGCAGCUGCCGAGCUUCUGGACCACCUCCAGCCCAGCUACUGGUUCUCGGCACAUCUUCACGUCAAAUUUGCUGCCCUCAAGCAACAUCUGCCUAAAGCCAACACCACGCCGCGCGUCACUAAAUUCCUGUCGCUGGAUAAAUGUCUGCCCUAUCGGCAGUUCCUGCAGAUUGUGGACAUUCCAGAUAGGGACACUUCAUCCGAGGGUCUGGAAUAUGACCCAGAGUGGCUCGCUAUUCUGAAAGCCACCAACCAUCUGCAGAGGACCACUCAUCAUCCCUGGAACCCCCCUGAGAACAACGGCCUGCAUGAACGGUGGGACUUUAGCAUAUCAGAAGAAGCAAUGAUGAAGGUGAUGGAGGAGCUCAGCGGCGAGCUCGCCAUCCCAGACAACUUUAGUCAUACCGUGUCCGCUUAUGACCCCGGAAACCCACAGCCCCACUCGGCCCCCAGCUACAACACCAACCCCCAGACCACCGUGCUGUGCUCCACUUUAGGUCUCACGGACAUCUACACCCAGGUGGGGCAAAGCGACGACACAAAGGGGACUCAGGGUGGAGAGGAGGAAGAUGAUUCUCUGGAAGAUGAUGAGCCCAGCGAGUACCCGACGGACACCUCAGGCAUGUCAAGCUCGUUUAAUCCAGAUGAGAUCACCAUAGAGGACGAAUGGGAGGAAGAGCUUGAUAGCGACUCUGAUCCAAAACCCCCUGGCGGGGAUGUUACCCACACACCCCGCAUGGUUCUUCCCCCGCCCAAAUUGGAGGCUUCCCCCAUUCCUAUGUCUCCCCUCAUUGACCUAUCACCCCCCUGCCACUCCACACCUACAACCACCCAGUCCAACUCUGGGCUAGAGUUGGACAAAGAGGGCGAGGAGGCAGAUCCUGCAGGAACACGCGCCCCCAAACGCACCAGCAUCGAGGCUGGGGGUAAUGGAAGUGUAACCACGAUGCCACGCAUCAAACGCAGGAACCAAAUCAUCUAUGCCACAGUGGAAGACGAGUGUAAUGAUGAUUAGAUAUCCUCCUUUAUUUUUCUAUUUAUGCAUUUCUUCUGCAUUUUUAACAUAGAGGACAAAUUAUUUUUCCUCUUUUUUAAAAUAUAUUUUAUAUACUAUUUUUAGAAACAGGAUUUGAGUUCAUUGUAGUUUUUUGGUAAAUGUGAUUUUUCAAGACAGCAGGGAUUAUCAUUGGUUGUAUUUUUAAUUUUUUUUUUUUGCCAAAAGGGGGAAAAAUAAUGAUUUAGCUUUAUACAAUCUAUUAAUUCCUUGUUGUAUUUCAUAUUGUUUUGAUGAGCACAGGCGUAUUAAACAUUUUACAUUUUUGUUUAAAAAUGUUCAAUUUUAAAAGACAGGAUUUUUAUUUUUGGGGGAUUAUUUGCUCAUUCUGAAAAAAACAAAUCUCCACUUUCAUUUUUUUUAAAUUUUCACUUUAUUUAAAAUACAUUAACAUCUUUAAAAGGCAAACCUUUACAAAUGUUUUCUGAGUGUGUGACUACAUUUCAGUGUUUUGAGAGACAGCCUGUGAAUUCACGGCAAGUUAACAAUUUAGAUUGAACAUGGGACAUUCCUUUUAAAAUUUUCAUCAAAUUAGGUUGCAAUGUAUUACAUUUGUCAUAGUGUAGUGUAAAGAAAAUGUAUGUAGGGAGUACGCAGGUGCAAAGUGUUGUACUGUAUCAUCUUAAGCAAACAAAGUAGGAUCAAGAAGGCCAGCCAGGCUGUAACACAUUUAACUUUUUAUUUUACACAUUUCCUCAUAUUUCUUCCUUGGUUGCUUUGUAGUAUUUUUAGGCAAUCAGAUAGGGCUCGAGCUGAAAUGAUGCAAGGCUGAAUAUUCACAAUUAGUGUCCUUCGCUGUAUUAUUCCUCAGUUAACAGCUUAACGUCCUCUUCCUCCUCCUUGACAACUGCUUGAUUCACUGAUGACGAAUAGAAGCUGGCUGAGGGAGAUAGGAUGCUUUAGGAUGACUGCCGUGGUUGUGGAUGGUAAUGGUGGUCACAUGGGAGGGAAAACGGGGGGGAAGGUGGUCUAGUUCCCACCGCAGCAGGCUCUGGUAGAGUGGGCGUCCGGGUCCUGGAGAUUGACUCCCCGAUGUCGUGCCGCAUGUGUUGGGUUCUGGGUGUCUGUUUUUGGCAUCUUUUUGGCUGCAAAAUAUUAGAGCAAGAGUACAAGGAUUAUGCAAAUCAAGGAGGUGCAGAGCUUGUUUCAAUAGUAAUUGAACCUGCAUGCAAAAAUAACACCAAGUAAUAACUUUUUUCCAUCCAUUAUAAAACGCAAGGAUUAAAAAAAAAAAAGCUUACAACUUGUGUUGCCUACUAUAAAGUACAGGAAU